UUACAUUAAUUUAGAAAGACGUACCUAGGCGAAGAAAAGGUGUUGUGCUUGUGUCGUGUGGUGUGACCCUGCAAUUGCAAGUUAGCAACGUUUUAAGGAGAAUUGAGAGAGCUAAAAGCAAAAACAAAUGGUGAUGAAGAAGAUGAGACUAUUACUGCUGCUAAAACCUUUCAGUGUAUCUUCACCACCUUCCCACACCCCUCCUCAGAUCAUACAGUUCUUGGAGAAUAGGCGUAAGGUACACCAUGAUGCAAUAAACUUUUGUCAAGCUAUUCUGCGAAAAAAGUCAGUUGAAUGGAAAGCCGUACUGCGUAACAAUUUGUCACCACCCAUCAAUGAUGUGGAUCUAGUUGUCACAGUUGGUGGUGAUGGAACUCUUCUACAGGCUAGCCAUUCAUUGGAUGACAAAGUUCCUGUUCUUGGAGUGAAUUCUGACCCUACACGUAUUGAUGAGGUGGAGCAAUGCAGCAGUGAAUUUGAUGCUACCAGAAGCACAGGCCAUCUUUGUGCUGCUACUGUUGAAAACUUUGAACAAGUUUUAGAUGCUAUACUUGAAGGUCAAUUUCUUCCUUCCAAAUUAACAAGGACCAUGAUAUCUGUUAACGCACUACACUUGUCAACUUAUGCUCUCAAUGAUAUCUUAGUUGCACAUCCAUGUCCUGCCUCGGUUUCCAGGUUCUCAAUCAGAAUCAAAGAGGGUAACAAGCUAUGUUCCCCUCUCGUUAACUGUAGAUCAAGUGGUCUACGUGUUUCAACAGCUGCUGGUUCAACUGCUGCAAUGCAUUCAGCAGGUGGAUUUCCAAUGCAAAUUUUAUCUCGGGAUCUUCAGUACAUGAUAAGGGAGCCUAUUUCACCCGGGGCAGCCUCAGAUCUUAUGCAUGGAUUGAUCAGAGAUGAUCAGACAUUAGUUGCUACAUGGACCUGUAGAAAAGGUGUGAUAUAUAUUGAUGGUUCUCAUAUCUAUCAUACCAUCCAAGAUGGGGAUAUCAUUGAGAUAUCUUCCAAAGCACCAGUUCUGAAAGUUCUAUUGCCUCAUCAUCUGUUAUAGUUAGAGAAGACGACAACUACAUUUCACGGCAUAUCCUCAUCGGGAGACUAAGCAAAUUUUGCUGGAGUAUUAGUGCUUUCAAUGAAAAAUAUAGGCCACAUGAGCUGACAUAAGCUUUCAAUGUUCCCAUUCGUUAGUAAGGGUUGGGCCACAAAUGCAAUUCAAAAUCUCAUGCAUUAAUAUCGUGGCCAUAAAUUUGAAGCUGACUUGACUUUAGAUUUAGGAAGUUAAAGUAUCCUAUGUAUCCAUCACUCAUAAGCUCCAAGGGGAGUGUAUAUUUCAUAAUGGAAUGUCUUGUGGUUCCUAUGUUA